AUGCCCGCAAUCAAGGCCGCAGCAUGGCCAUCGCCACUCGACAAUGUCUUCACGCAGACAUCGGAUGACCAGGUGGACACCGAGACCGCCAUCAACGAGCUCUUCUCACGCCUGCGCCCAUCACGCUUCGACUUUGCAAAGGAUGCUUCUGCGCAGUCAGGCAAGGACAAUGCCAUGGUCAAUCCAUGGCUCUCGCCAGCUGAGCAAGAACAGCAGCGCGCACAGGCGUCUGGUGGGCUCGAGACCAAACCGAGCCUUGUGCUGGAGAGGCAGGCCCACGUCGCCUUCCUGACCAAGCUGCUCGAGCCACUUCCGGGCGCGUACACGGCCUUCGACACCAACCGCUCCUGGCUGCUCUACUGGAUCUUGCAUUCGUUCGACCUGCUCUCCGUAGCUUUGGAUCCCAAGGGCAGAGCUCGUGCCAUCGCCACGCUGCUCUCGUUCCAGAACAAGGCGACGGGUGGAUUCGGCGGCGGACCGGAUCAGAUCUCGCACCUCAUGGCCACGUACGCGGCAGUUUCAGCGCUAGCCAUCAUUGGAGGUCCCGGUCCUGCGCCCACUGCAGAGGAUGUCGCCGAUGGCAAGUCGGUCGAAGUGGGUCGCGGAGGGUGGGAUGCCAUCGAUCGACACAAGAUGCGCAGCUGGAUCGCCAGCCUCAAGCAGCCCGAUGGCAGCUUCCUUGUGCAUGCCAACGGCGAGGUCGACGUGCGUGCUGGCUACUGCGUCGUCUGCAUCACUACGCUCCUCGGCAUCUCCAGCCCGGAACUGUUCGACGGCAUGGCUGCAUUCAUCGCUAGCUGCCAGACAUUCGAGGGUGGCAUCGCUGCCGCGAGCCAGCCGACGUACAGGACCGAAGCUCUAAGUUCCGGGCCAAGCGGCAUUGCGCUUGCAUCGGCCGAAGUUGCUCGCCCGGCGCUGGGGGAAGCACACGGAGGGUAUACGUACUGCGCAGCAGCCAGCCACCUUGCGCUCUCGCUGCUCACAUCUUCCCUCGCUGAGGCACCGGCACCAGCGCAAUCCGCGACCGCGCCGAACGCUGCAAAAGGUACACUGCUGCCGGCAGCCGCGCUGGACCAGGAGGCGCUCAUCCGGUGGGCGACGGCGCAGCAAGGAACGCCGUUCGAAGGAGGAGGAUUCCGGGGGCGCACCAACAAGCUCGUCGACGGCUGUUACGGCUGGUUCUCUGGCGGCGGCCUGUUCACCGUGCUUUCGGCCAUGGUCGAGGCGGGGCUCAUCGAAGAGGCGAGCAACGCGGGUGCAUCCGAUGGACACUCCUCGCGCACGCACGACUGGAAUGGCAUGCUCACCGUCCCGUCCGCGCCCGUCGUCCAUGCCGCGCCCGCCGACGCGGCCAGUAGCGGGGCAGGCUCGUGGAAAACCGAGUCGAGCCUAGAUGCCGAAGGAGCCGACGAGAGCGAGGACGACGUAGACGAUCUCUCGCCACUCACGCUGUUCGACCGCAUUGCGCUGCAGGAGUAUAUCCUCGUGGCGGCUCAGCGUCCAGCCAAAGAGGGCGGCGGACUGCGCGAUAAACCGGGCAAGCGGCCCGACGCUUACCACACCUGCUACAACCUCGCCGGCCUCAGUCUCGCACAGCAUUCGGUGCGGCUCAGCCCAGAGACCGCCAAGGCGCUGCAGAAGAGCGUCGCUACAGGUGUCGCGGAUGCGUGGAACGCCAAGGUGUAUGCGACCAUGCUCGCAUGGACACUGGUGCAGCGCGACGAGAUCGUCGUCGGUCCAAACGUAAAGUCGGGCGAGGCGCCGCAGAACAGGCUCAACCCGACGCAUCCGAUCUUCAACAUCACCUUCCCCAGAGCCAAGACUAUGAUGGACUGGGCCUACGCGAGCUCCUCGUAG